UUGAUAUUGACCAGUUUCAGUGAACUAAGUGAAUAUUAUCAUCAUUUUAAUACAAAAUGAUUAUUCAUACAAUACAAUGCAAUAGAGAUUGUUCAUUUUCAAGUAUAGCUUCCCAAAUGUAUUCAACAGGUUUCAAGUUCUUGUUUUACAACGUUUUCUUCUUUUGUUUAUGCUCUGACAGCUGUCAGCGAUUCAUCAAUAAUCAAAAGCACCCAACCAAUUAAACCGCAGCACUCAACCAGGUUUAUAGUGAGAUAUUGAGUUGUAGUCAGCGUGUUUCUGUUUGUGCUUCAGAAAUGUCUAACGCAGAAGUGAUUGCAUCCCGGCUUUUGUCGUUUAACCAGAUGUAUAAUUACGAAAAGCGUCUUCAGACUUUUUCCGAGUGGCCUUUUCGAGAAGAUUGCCAGUGCACACCAGAGCUGAUGGCCAAGGCAGGUUUUGUGCACUGUCCCAGUGAGAAUGAGCCAGACGUGGCCUGCUGUUUCUACUGCCUCAGAGAGCUGGAGGGCUGGGAGCCAGAAGACAACCCCUGGUCCGAGCAUGCCAAACGCUCCCCCAAUUGUGGCUUUCUCCAUAUGAAAAAGACGUUUGACAAUCUCACGGCCAUUGAGUAUUUUCAGCUGGAACAGGAGCGACUUCGCAUCUAUAUUAGGAAGAUGGGUCACAGGAAGAUAGCCUACUUUCGUGAUGAGGUGGAGGCCACAAGCAAAAAUCUUAGAGCUCUAAUUUGAUAUGCAUUGAUGCUAAACUAUUUUAAUGACAUGCUUUAUUUGAACUUUUUAUAUUUCGCCAAUAAAUUAAAUCCUUUUUAUGGUUCA